AUGGCUGACCAGACGGCGGCGACGACGACAUCGACGUCAGAGGUGAAAGAAGUGGAGUUGGAUGGGCGGGGAAAGUUGAAGCUGGAGGUAAAUUGGGGGGUGGGAAUCGGCGGUGGGCUAUGGAGUACUGGCAUCCUCCUGACGGAACACCUUGCGAAGCAUGCCGCGUUGUACGAUCGCGUCUUCAAGGGCAAGCGCGUGCUCGAGUUAGGUUCUGGCACAGGCUUAGUAGGUCUUGCUGCGGCAAGAUUUGGCCCUCCUCUUGAGGUUGUCAUCACAGAUUUGGAGAGCCAUGUCGACAUCUGCAAGAGAAACGUCGCUUCUCAAGAUGACAUGGGCGCACAGGGCCUGUGUUCGGUUCGAGUGGAAGCGUAUGACUGGAGCAGCGAGGUACCUGAGGAGCUCGGCGAGGUACCGUUCGACGUGAUUCUGGCAACGGACGUCGCCUACUACGAGCACCUCUACGCGCCGUUUGUACAGGCGCUCGAGCGCACAGCCGGGCAACACACGCUCGUCUUGCUUGGGGUCACAAGAACAGACACGGGACCAGCGUUCUUUGACGCUUUGGACAAGGCUGGGUUCGUGUACAACCUCGUUGACCAAGCGUCGCACAAGGGCUUCGGUCUGUUCACCGUACAACGGGAGCAACCAGACGAAAGGCCCACCAUGUAGAACAAAGCCCUGAAUUCUUCCCUAAAUUGUUUUUGUGCAUCGUGUUAAGACCUGCAAACAUGUGAACGUUGGCAUGUUGGCCACUCGCGGAGGUUCGGCACAACGAACGAUGAGGCGACACACUUGGGAUGCUGCAAACGUGUUGGCGGGGUAGCUCGGAAUCAACCGUACAGACGCGUUCGGGAUGAGAACGCCGCAUAUUCGAUGUUGCUGUAGGUUUAUCACAUUCGACGGCCAUGUCGGUCUCUUGUAUGGUG